UUUGAUCCGUCUAUGAUUCAGCAAUCCCAAAGUGUCUUUUUUUUUGUUUUUGUAAAUAAGCUUCCGGUGUGAAAACAAAGUUUGUGACGCUGGGAUGUGCCCGAAUAGGGAAGAUAUUCAUUUUAAAUACCCCUUUCUUAUCCCUACUACUCUUUCAAUAUAUAAUCUAAUUUUUUUAAUCUAAAAAAUUUCAUAUCGAAUUCGAAGUGCCAUGCUAUUAUUACUUAACUAAUUCAUUUCCGAGGGCGAAGGCAUAGUAUUUUUUCUCUAAAAUAAAAAAACUCAUUGGCGCCAAGCGUGAGGGAAUGCUAUACGUUUGGUAAUUUCUCCUCCGACUAGGAUAAAGGAUGCUAUUGAAGCGGCCAAUCCCAUGCAUAUUGUCUGUACAUCGGGUCGCACAAAUUGCAUAGUAUCAUAAAUAGCCAUUCCAGAUAUUACCCAUCCACCAGGAGAGUUUAUAAACAAAUAAAGAUCUUUGGUAUCCUUUUCUAUACUGAGAUAUAUCAUAAGACUAAUAAGUUGAUUCGAGAUUUCGGUAUCAACCUCUUGGCCUAAAAAAAACAAUCUUUCUCGAUAAAGUCGGUUGAUUAGGAUAAAAUUUUAUUCCUUAGGAGCCGUACAGGCACCUUUUGAUGCAUACGGUUCAACAAAAAUUGUUAAAAAAUCAAUGUGUCGAUUCCAACCCCCCCUUUUUUUUCAGAGAAGGCUUUUCUUUCUAACUUAAUAAGGGAAGGGCUUGCUUCCCUUUUAAAAGUAAAAGAAAAAAUAAAUAAGUUUUGGCCCCUUUUAUUUAUUAGAUAUUAUAAUCCUAAUAAUAAAAUAAUAAAACGAUUGAUUAGGCCUGUCAGACUAACUUGAUUCAUUGAUAUUUUUUUUUUCAUCGAGAUUCAGUUGAAAUGGGGAUGGUUUUUUCUUGUUCCUGAAUGGGCUUCUUCCUUUUUUUAUUCCGUUUUUUUUAGGUUUAUGCUCUACUCCGAGUAAAAGGAAAAAUUUGCCCGAUUUUGAUUUGCACAUAUAGGACAAAUGAACCAAAUACCGCGUCUUUUUUUUUUUUACUACUCCUUCUUUUUUUUUCAAUUCAUUUCUUUCACAUGUCUUCUGUCAAAUAGUCAAUAAAUUUUUAAUUAUAUUAUUUUAUUUGAUCAACAGUUUUAGAUCACCCUGUUUCAAUUUUUUGUAUUUUUUUUAUUUUUUAAUAGAAUUUUUAUCAUAAUUUUGAUAUCAUAUUCAUAUCAUAUUAAGUAGUAAUUAUAAAAAUAUUAUAUAUUAAUUAUCAAUUGGAUUUUUGCUAAACGGAGCCUGGAUACUUAAUUUUAUUAGUCCGAUCACGUAAACCAUAAAAAAUUUUUGAUAAUCUAAUAUCAAUCUAAAUACUCCCUGCAUUUAAUUCUAAUUUAUUUUUUGCGCUUCGCGUUACAAAUUUUUGAUAAUUCAAUCAAUCUUUUUGAGCGAAACAGAGGAUAUCUCGAUCGAGGGAGAAAAUGGGGAAAUCCCAUAUAGCCCAAUAUAUCUGACAAGUCGCACUAUAUGUCAACCCAAGAUGUAUCUCCUUCUCCAGGACUUCGAAAAGGUACUUUUGGAACGCCAAUAGGCAUGAAAUGAAAAAAAAAGAGAAUGAAGUUCUCUAUUUCACUUUGAUGUGGAAACGUAAGACUGGGGUUUCAUUUUUUUUAUCAUAUUAUCCUUUUUUCCUACUUUAUUAAUAUUAAUCAUAUUUAAAUUAAUCAUAUUUAAUACAGAAGUUGAAUAAGCUAAAAUAAAAUAUAAAAUAAAAGUAAAGUAAGAGAGAAUGAAUAAAAUUAAAGGAAACUUUUUACGAACGGGCUUCUGAACAACAAUAGCUAUCUUGGUUCAUAUAACAUAGGAUUCACCCCCAUUGCGUAUUGGUACUUAUCGGAUAUAGAAUAGAUCCGCUUCCCUUUUUUCCUAUGAAUCGAAUUGUUCCAUUAUUACUAACAGAAUAGAACAAAUAUUAAUCCUUUCUCCGAAAUAAUUACCUAAAAAGGGGGGGUCCGUAACAUAGUUUUUUCCAAUGCAAUAAAGUUACAUAGUGUCUAUUUUUCAUUGAUAAAGGGGUAUUUCCAUGGGUUUGCCUUGGUAUCGUGUUCAUACUGUUGUAUUGAAUGAUCCCGGUCGUUUGCUUUCGGUUCAUAUAAUGCAUACUGCUCUGGUUGCUGGUUGGGCCGGUUCCAUGGCUCUAUAUGAAUUAGCUGUUUUUGAUCCCUCCGACCCUGUUCUUGAUCCAAUGUGGAGACAAGGUAUGUUCGUUAUACCUUUCAUGACUCGUUUAGGAAUAACCAAUUCAUGGGGCGGUUGGAAUAUUACAGGAGGGACUAUAACGAAUCCGGGUCUUUGGAGUUACGAAGGGGUAGCCGCAGCACAUAUCGUGUUUUCUGGCUUGUGCUUCUUGGCAGCUAUUUGGCAUUGGGUAUAUUGGGAUCUAGAAAUUUUUUGUGAUGAACGUACAGGAAAACCUUCUUUGGAUUUGCCCAAGAUUUUUGGAAUUCAUUUAUUUCUUUCAGGAGUGGCUUGCUUUGGUUUUGGCGCAUUUCAUGUAACAGGAUUAUAUGGUCCUGGAAUAUGGGUAUCCGACCCUUAUGGACUAACCGGAAAGGUCCAACCCGUAAAUCCGGCGUGGGGCGUGGAGGGUUUUGACCCUUUUGUUCCGGGAGGAAUAGCCUCUCAUCAUAUUGCAGCAGGGACGUUGGGUAUAUUAGCGGGCUUAUUCCAUCUUAGUGUUCGUCCGCCUCAACGUCUAUACAAAGGAUUACGUAUGGGAAAUAUUGAAACCGUCCUUUCCAGUAGUAUUGCUGCUGUCUUUUUUGCAGCUUUUAUUGUUGCUGGAACUAUGUGGUAUGGUUCUGCAACUACUCCCAUCGAAUUAUUUGGUCCUACUCGUUAUCAAUGGGAUCAGGGAUACUUUCAACAAGAAAUAUAUCGAAGAGUUAGUGCCGGACUAGCUGAAAAUCAAAGUGUAUCAGAAGCUUGGUCUAAAAUUCCUGAAAAAUUAGCUUUUUAUGAUUAUAUUGGUAAUAAUCCAGCAAAAGGGGGAUUAUUCCGAGCGGGUUCAAUGGACAAUGGGGAUGGAAUAGCUGUUGGAUGGUUAGGACACCCCGUCUUUAGAAAUAAAGAAGGGCGUGAACUUUUUGUACGCCGUAUGCCUACUUUUUUUGAAACAUUUCCGGUUGUUUUGGUAGACGGAGACGGAAUUGUUAGAGCCGACGUCCCGUUUAGAAGGGCAGAAUCUAAAUAUAGUGUCGAACAAGUAGGUGUAACUGUUGAGUUUUAUGGUGGUGAACUCAAUGGAGUAAGUUAUAGUGAUCCCGCAACUGUGAAAAAAUAUGCUAGACGGGCUCAAUUGGGUGAGAUUUUUGAAUUAGAUCGUGCUACUUUGAAAUCCGAUGGUGUUUUUCGUAGCAGUCCAAGAGGUUGGUUUACUUUUGGGCAUGCUUCGUUUGCUCUACUUUUCUUCUUUGGACACAUUUGGCAUGGUUCUAGAACCCUCUUCAGAGAUGUUUUUGCUGGUAUUGAUCCAGAUUUGGAUGCUCAGGUGGAAUUUGGGGCAUUCCAAAAACUUGGAGAUCCAACUACAAAAAGACAAGCAGUCUGAUGCAACAUUGCUUUUUUCUUUUAGUUUCUGUUUGCGAUUUUUUUGAUUUCAUUUAAUAGGUAGGGUACUGUAGGAAUCUUGAUUUAAAUCGCUGCCGUUUCUUUGACUCUUUUUUGUUCUUUAUCCGGAGGUAUACUCCUUCAGUAAACAUAAACAAAACAGGUAUGAAAGCUAUAAUUGUAAACCACGAUCAAAUUUAUGGAAGCAUUGGUUUAUACAUUUCUCUUAGUAUCGACUUUAGGGAUCAUUUUUUUCGCUAUUUUUUUUCGGGAACCGCCUACAAUUUCAA